AUGUGCGCCCGAUGCGAGGCCAAUGAGUUAGCCGCCGAGAAAACAGAAAAACAUAAGAAAACAGAAACUUACUUUAUUGGAAUCAACAAUGCGGGUGCUACAACGGGCGCUCCGCAAAAUGAAGCUGAGCCAGAACUUCAAGAUCUAGGUCCCAAGAUCGAGAUUAAGAUAGGAGAUCACACGCUCGAUCAAGAAGAUAUUAUUGCGCUCCUCGGUCUCGGAGGCCUGGCAGAUCCUACAUUCCCCUUGUGUCUCUCCCAAUCCCACUUCGGAGCUCUCAUUACUGGACUCACUGUGCUCUUGGACGCGACCCCCCAGACUCCCGGAUCGAACACACCCAAUUUAUACGACUUGCAAUAUAUGGAGCCUGCCCCGGAUUUACCUAUAACUUACGUGGAGGAUGCUCGACCACUCAGAUCACCCCCCCUUCCUUUCUCCAACCUCUCCUCCACUGCUAUGACCUGCUGUGAUGAUUCCCCAGCCCGUGUUCUGCCACAAGAGCGCAAAUAUGCCAUACGCAUGUCUAGCUACACUGAGUCCCACCUCGAUAUUCCGCCGCUGCCUGAGCAUCCUAUAUUAGGCAACCUCACUCGUGACACCCGUGGAAAGUCGAUCUAUGACCUGUUGAGUGACGCAGUCUCUCAGUAUACUCAGUAUAGGCAGCACAACAUGUUCUCGUCUGUCUGCCUCAGGUCCCCCGCCACUAUCGUCUAUGCCCCGAUGCAGACUUGUUACGGACCUGCACGCCCUUGUGUACAGAUGAUGGUCAUGCAGGCUGAGUUCUGUCUGAAUGGAAUGGACCGCGCGAGCAUAUGUUAUGGGCUCGCAGUCUCAUUUUUCUUCGGAAGUGAUGCACACCCACCUGAUAGUUUCUUCCCUGCCCCAAUUGUAGGAAAGUUGUUUCCCAGCCCGAGCGUGGGCCCACGUUUCUCAGACGACUUAGCCGGAGCUGUAGGAAUGGUAUGCGAAGGACCGGAGAUGUGA